GAUCUCGGUAUUACUCGGAUUCGGACUCGGGCUCGGACUCUGAGCCUGCGAGCGGCUGGCGUGCGUUUCGAUAUCACUGCCAGUGGCCUGGCUUACGAGAUGACGUGCGCAUUGUGCAGUGCUAUAUCCUGUCCAGGCUUAGUUACAGGUGCUUUGAGCAAGGCCGGGCACUACAAAUGGGGACCCAGAACAAGGUUGGACAGAUCUUGUAACGCUGAGACAAGAAUAGCCGUCGUCGAUUUAUUGCCCUUGAUAGCACGCCGGUCUGAAUACCCUACAGAUGCCACGCACUAUACACGCAAUGGACCUUCAGUUGAACGCCGAGACAGCGACGUGGCUACAAGAUCAACAUCUUACGUUGAGACAAGGCACCGCUCUUACCCGGGGACAAGCUGUCCAAUUCCAAGGGUUCCCUGGUACGCUAUCACCAAAUCUCAUCCAUUGCCUCUUGCAUGUUCGCAGGCGCAGCCAUUCUGCGCGUGUGGCCAAACUGCCCGUUUUGUCAAAACACCGUCCCGUCACGGUCCAAUCAUUCAACGGGUCGGGCCGGCGUAUCUAUGCAUGUUCCAUCCUUUUCAGCGACCACUCACUCGCGCUGUGUAUGUCUGUACGAGACAGGAAGCCACAGUAAGCAUAUCGGUAUGUACUCUGCCGCUCUUUGUCCCAUACAUGGCAACACUGACGCCGCCCGCGAUGGCCACUCCGCGACGAGUAUAAUUUCGAGCACACCGAGGCUUCCAUCGGGUAAUGGUCCGUGAACACCAUGCAUUAUGUCUUACACAGCCCUUUCUACAACAUCAUCCAUGCCGUCCACUCAGCGCCGAUACGCGCGUACGCAGCAGCGUUGCGGAAUUCAAAGUAGAACUGCAGUAGAGGACAAGGAGUAUUGUAAUCAGCGUACGGAGCUCUUGAGCAUCAAACACGGCCUGCCGCCAGACG